AUUAUAAGAACCCCUUCUACUUAUAAUCAUCAGCCAAAAACACAAAACUCUUCUUCUUUCAAAAUGUUUCAACGAAUAAGGGUUUCCACUGAUACUUCACUACUAGUGUUCUUGGUGUUACUAAUAAUUUCAUCUUACAAUGCUGUUGCUCAUUUUGCAUAUGGUUCUUCGAUAUCUUCAACUCAUAAUAGACAACAUCUUGAAGCAGUAGAACUAGAAGUAGAUGCUCUUUUGAAAUGGAAAUCAAGCCUUGUGAAUCAAACUACUUCUCCCCUCUCUUCUUGGAAGAUGAAUUCUACUACUAAUGCUACGAGUCCAUGCGAGUGGUAUGGAAUCACUUGUAACACUGAUGGGAGUGUCACGAAAUUGAGCAUUACUGGUUGGGGUUUACAAGGUACGCUCCAUAGUUUCAAUUUCUCAUCAUUCUCCAGCUUAGUUAGUCUUGACUUGAGCCAGAAUGAUCUUUCUGGAACCAUUCCCUCCCAAAUUAGUAAUCUUUCAAAACUCACCUAUCUCGAUCUUUCCAACAAUAGAUUUUCUGGACAUAUUCCACUAGAAAUUGGCCUUCUAAGAAAUCUGCAGUUAUUAAAUCUUUCCAACAAUCAAAUUAGUGGACUUAUCCCUCAAGAAAUCGCCAAUUUAUAUCUUCUAACUGAUUUAUGGUUGCACAUGAACAGUCUGACUGGCUCAAUCCCUAUUUCUAUAUGCAAUCUCACUAACUUGGCUUAUUUAUCAUUUUUUUGGAACAGCCUUUCUGGCAUCAUACCUCAAGAUAUUGGUAAACCAAGGUCUCUUACUUACUUGGCCUUGGAUAGAAACAAUUUCACUGGUUCAAUCCCUACUUCUUUAACCAAUUUAACUGGCCUAGUCACUCUUUACCUAGGGUGGAACCACCUUUCUGGCAUCAUUCCUCAAGAUAUAGGAAGGUUACACUCUCUUUCAACCUUGGAUUUCUUCGGAAACAAUCUCACAGGUUCAAUCCCUACUUCGAUAUGCAAUUUAACCAACUUAAGAAAUUUAUACAUACACGAUAAUAUGCUUUCCGGCACCAUACCUCAGAAUAUAGGAAAUCUAAGGUCUCUUGCCAUCUUCGCAUCCGGUAUGAAUAAUCUCAUUGGUUCAGUCCCUGCAUCUGUAGGUAAUCUGAGAAAUUUGAUUUUAUUAAGUCUUUUCCAAAAUGAAUUAACCGGUUCAUUGCCAAUGGGAUUCAACAAUCUAACACAAUUGAGAAUAUUGUUUUUGAGUUACAACAAGUUUUCUGGUUAUUUACCUCAAAGUAUAUGUCAAAACGGAUUACUUGAAAAGUUUCUGGUAGAUGAAAUUUUUUUCAAGGGUCCUAUACCAAGAAGCCUUAGAAAUUGCACCAGCCUGAGAGAACUCGGUCUUACAAAUAAUGAAUUGGUUGAUAAUGUUACAGAGGCGUUUCACGUGUAUCCGAAUCUAGAGAUGUUAGCUUUGAAUAACAAUAUGGUGUAUGGUGAACUCUCAAAAGACUGGGGGAAUUGUCAAAAUUUGGUAGUCCUAUCUUUAGGUGGGAACAAUAUCACUGGAAGAAUACCAUCUGAAAUAGGGAAGUUGAAAAUGUUAAGGGUACUUUAUCUUUAUUCCAAUAACUUAGUAGGAAAAAUUCCCGAGGAGUUGUUGAGAUUGUCUUCAUUAAUCCUAUUAGAUUUGGGUAAUAACCAACUUUCUGGUAGGUUGUCUUCCGCAAUUGGAAUGUUAUCCAACCUGACACAUCUCGAUUUAUCAUCAAACAAACUAAUCGGGUCGAUACCAAAACAACUAGGGGAGUGUUCCCAGUUAUUAUCUUUAAAGUUGGGCACAAACAAUUUUGAUGGAAGCAUCCCACCCCAGAUUGGAAACUUGGAUUCGUUACAGAUUUUGCUAGAUCUUAGUUACAAUGAGUUUAUUGGAGAGAUACCGUCAGCUCUCGGAAAACUAAGAAAACUGGAAACAUUAAAUUUAUCCCACAACAAUUUUUCCGGCUCAAUUCCAUCUUCAUUUGUUCAAAUGGUUAGCUUGACUAUCGUUGAUGUUUCGUACAAUGAAUUGAGUGGUCUUCUUCCAAACACCAAGGCAUUUAAGGAUGCUCCUGUUGAUGCGUUGAAGAACAACAAAGGCUUGUGUGGUAAUAGCUCGAUACCUUGUAAUACAAAUCCUACAAUUCAAGUCCCAGAAGAUGGUGUUAAAGAGGAUGCAAUUGAGAGAAUUUUGUUUUACGGCGUUAUUUCGUUGGGGUUUGGACUUGGAUUUUGGGGUUUCUUCUUGGUUCUGCUUCUCAAAAAAGAGAAAUGGUGGUUUGGAUAUUGGAGAAUUAUCGAUUCCAUUGUGAGUAGAAUAAUCCGUUGUUGUAUUCACGAAAAUUGAUCGUAGUAACGUAAAAGCACUCUUAUUUUGUUAUAUUACUGAUUUUUGUAUUGUGUUUGAAUUGAUAAAUGUACUUAUAAAAAAUUGCGGAAGAAAUAAUCAAAGAGAUUUUAAGUGUGUUGUAAUCUCACCAAUAAAACAAACUGUU